ACAGCUGAACUCGGUGACAUUGAUACGUACUUGAAGAUAGAGAUCUUUUCAUUACAACAUGUCCCAUUGUCAGUUUUGGUUGGUUUUCUUGGCCGUGGUUUUGGUAGAUGGUUGGCCCCGACAUCACCACAAACCCAAACCAGCACCCGAUCAAAAACCGAAAAAUCAGGUUGUACAGUAUUACCAACAAGCCACAGCUGACCAGCCCCUGUUGGAUGCCCCUGGAGAUCCCCAGAACUUGAACGUGUAUAAUGUUCAGGUGCAAAAAUCACACAAAGACAACAAAGUGUCCGGACACAUGGGUCCACAUAGUGUGUCUGUCUCAAUGCAGGGGCCUGGUACGGUUUCCCUGGAUACCAGCCAGCUAAAUGUGCACCCUGAAGACCAGCAACCAGACCACACCAUCACCAUGAUAAAGGACAGCGGCGCAUGCCCGCAGUGUAGCUCGGUGAAUGUGAAAACAGGUCUCAAAGGGCCCAUACCACUUCCUCUCACAGGGGCCUCGACACCAGUAGAACAAUCGAAGGAAGAAAAACCAGGGCAUGACAGAGUGAGUCUUACACUAGACGAAGAAAAACAAACGCGCCCAAAGCAAAAACCAACCAAGGCAGAUUUACCCGAUGAAGCGAGUCUUACACUAGACGAAGAAAAUCAAAAACGCCCAAAGCAAAAACCAACUAAGGAAGAUUCACUCGAAGAAGGACAAGAGCCAGUAAAUCGCGUGCACGAGCCCGAGCAGUUGGGUCAUGAACCCGAGGAGGAGGACAAAUCUGUAACGAAACCUGGAGCCGAGACGCCGAUGACUCACGUGCUCCAUCACAUCGACAAGAUUGCCAAUAAGGUUAUUAAAAACCUUGAAAGUUCUCUACCUGUUGCGACCCAGAAACCAAAGCACGAGGAGCAAGUUGUAAACGGUCACAAAUUGAAAAUUGACAGUGGAGAAAAUCAUCAGAAAGUUGUCGGCAAAAUGGACCCCAAUAAUGUGAAUGUUGUAGCCCAAGGCCCUCAAACAGUAUCUGUGACGUCCAGUGGCACAGAUCUCAGCCAGGAUGUCGUAUUUGAUCCUAAUCCUUAUUGCCCCGACAAACCGUGUCCACCAGGACAAAGCGGCAGCGAAGGAAAAGGACACCAUUAAAAAAAAUGUGAUGGAGAAGGUCGCUACGAACAGAUGACAAACCAUGGUUGCUAAACCAGCGAGAAAGAGGAGAGACGAAUCACAGAAAGUUAAACACUAUGCAGUCGUACCUUUCAUUUUUUUUUUAGUUAAAAAAGGUAUAUUUAAUCUCUAAUGAUAUUUCUAAUGUUCAUUUACCAUUUCAAGGAGAAUGUUGUUGCAGAGAACAGAAAAGUUGUUAGCCGUUUAAA